GGAUAGUGGGGCGGUGGAAAAGGAAGCGAAAAAGAAGGGUUGUGAAUGGGGACGAUUGAUUGGGGAAUGGGGGAAGAUGAUUGUAAAUAUUGGAAGACUGACUGUAGAUACCUUGACGACCUGCCCUCCUUGGUGGCCGCCUGAACCAUCUUCCCGACCUCCUCCACACCCUCUCCCCUUCCCCGGGCCCCAUAAGCCUCCUCACUGCAUCGUUCACCGCCUCGGUCCGUACCAGCUCGACCUGCCCGGCCCACUCCUUGACCACAAUCCCCAUCCCCAAUACCCCCACCACCGGCGCCGCGUUUGCGGGUUGGUCCGCGUGCAUGGGCCACGCGGCCACCGCCACUCCACCCACGAUGCUCUCCAAGCACGAGUUCCACCCGCAGUGGCUCACGAACCCACCCACCGCCCCGUGGCCCAGUAUCCGAGGUUGGGGGGCCCACCCCCUCAGCACCAUCCCUCUCCCCUCCACCCUCUCCUCGAAACCCUCUGGCGGGCUGAGCCUCCGGCCCAGCCAGCCAAACACAUCACUGGUGUCGGCAUCCCUGACCACCCAGAGGAACUUGGCCCUGCUCCUCGAGCCUGGCCGCGAUCUCUCUCACCUGCUCGUCGGUUAGGGAAAUCGUGGUUCCGAACGAGACGUAGACCACCGACUUGGGCUCGUUCCGGUGAAGCCACCUCAAGCACUCGCGUUGGUGUUCGGCACGAGGGGCAGGGAGUAUGGGCCCCAUGGCCCACAACUUCCUAUUCUUUGCCCCCGAGAUCUCCUCGUGCUCGAGUAUCUCGAGGUAUGGAGCCUCGACGAGUCGGCACGUGU